ACCAAGACGGACAAGCUGCAGGUCCAAGAACUGAGCAUGGAGGUCAGGUACAACCAAGAGACAGAAGGAAUGGUGCUGAAGAAUGGACUUAAGGAGGGCAAAGACGGAAAGGACUCACAGGGCAGUUUGUCCAAAAGCUUUCUAAAGGAGCAACAGAGCUCUUUUUCCUCCUCCGGGACCGUGGAAAACUGCGAGAAAAACAGGGGGAGCACCGGAGACCCAGACUACUGCCGGAGAAUACUCGUGCGAGAUGCCAAAGGCUCUAUCCGAGAGAUUAUCCUACCCAAGGGUUUGGAUUUGGACAGGCCCAAAAGAACCCGCACCUCUUUCACCGCCGAGCAACUCUACAGGUUAGAGAUGGAGUUUCAGAGGUGUCAGUAUGUUGUGGGGAGGGAGCGAACUGAACUGGCCCGCCAGCUCAAUCUGUCCGAAACUCAGGUAAAGGUUUGGUUCCAGAAUCGGCGUACAAAGCAGAAAAAAGAUCAGGGGAAAGACUCAGAGCUCCGCUCGGUGGUUUCGGAGACUGCGGCAACCUGCAGCGUCCUCAGACUGCUCGAGCAGGGUCGGUUGCUCACACCCUCGGGCUUACCGGGCAUCUUGCCCCGCUGCGGUAGCAGCGCUUUGGGCUCGGCCCUGCGCCCCCCCUCCAUUAGCAUGGGCGGCAACGGCGGCGGCGGCGGCGGCCGAGCCGCCGGCGGCAGCCCGACUCUGCCCGCUGUCACCGGUUCCGGGACGGUGCCAGGCCUGCAGAGCUCCGCGGCAGCUCACAGUUUAUUUAGCUUCCCCGUGCCCUCCUUACUUAGCGGCGUCGCAAGCCGCAUGUCGCCGAACCCGCUGACCGUGGCCAGUUCGUUAGCCGGCAAUCUGCAAGAACUCUCCGCCCGCUAUCUGAGCUCCUCGGCUUUUGAGCCUUACUCGCGGACCAACGGCAAAGAAUCCAUGGACAAGAAGAUUCUGGAAUGAUGCUGUGUUUUUAUGCUUUUUUUUCCCCCCUCUGGAAAUAUUUGGCUGUUAUUUGGCUUAACCUCUCUUUGUUUUAGUCAGUGUCUCAUCCGUCUGUGUCGUCAUGUUCUGUGGCUGUCUGGUAAUUUAGAUGCAUACAUAUCUGGUGCAUUGUGCAAAGAAGACCUCCACACACUCAUCUCAUGUAGACAGAUUUGGCUACGGGAAAGUUUUCUGUCAAAUGUUUCAUGGAGCGGGAUUUAGAGAGGCAAUUCUCAAAGGGAUGAUUUCAAAGAUCUUUCCGAUUUCUUUAAAGAAACCCUCAACGGUCAUCUUCGAAUAGUCAUUCAAGGUGGGGAUUUCGCACGACAAAAGGGAGGCCAGUAUGAAAGGCAUUUCUUGACUGUGUCAUAUUAUUUAAUUGUAUUUGGUAGGUCACACAAGACACUACACGUGAGUAGUUGUAGAGAAAGAAGCCAUUUUGUGUAGCAGGAUGUCAGACGAAGCAAAUCACAGUCGCCGGGUUUCGAGCUGUCUUGUAUAUCCGUUUGUAUGAAACUCGGCUCGAACAAAAACAUUCAAGAGAUGUCGUUGUCAUUCAGCAGAAUUAUUUUCGAAUCAUUAUUUAAGUCUUUUCAAUGGUUUAUUGUAGACUAGAGUUUUUUUUUCCUCAGCGUCU